AUGAUGGCAGGUGAUCAUAAUGCAACAGAGAUCCUGAAGCCAUUGGUGUUCCGUCUCCACGAGAAUGCCCCUGCAGUAGUCCGUGAGGUUUUACUGGAACGUGGCUGGACUGAAUUUGACAAAAAAGCGCAAGAUGACAGAGACUGGAACCUGUACUGGCGGAACUCACCUUUCCGUAUGACAGACUACUGCAGCAUUAAACCAUGGCAGAGACUCAAUCAUUACCCAGAAGCUGUCAGAAUCACCAGAAAAGACUAUUUGGUAAGACAUCUGAAACGUAUGAAAGGAGCAUAUGGAUCAGCUCUAUAUGAAUUUAGUCCAGUGGCAUUCAUCAUGCCCAAUGACUAUGUCAAAUUUGUGGCAGAAUAUAGCAAAGACAAACAGUCCCUGGGUAGACCACCUAGCUAUUGGAUUUGCAAGCCUGUGGAUCUCUCCCGUGGAAGGGGAAUACUCAUUUUCCAAGACAUUAAAGACUUUGUAUAUGACUGUACAGUCAUUGUGCAGAAGUACAUUAGCAACCCCUUGCUCAUUUCAGGGUAUAAACUGGAUCUCCGCCUUUAUGUGUGUGUCACCAGUUUUUGCCCUCUCACUAUUUAUACUUAUGAAGAAGGACUGGUGAGAUUUGCCACUGAAAAGUUUGACCUUGGUUCUUUGGACAACGUCUAUUCCCACCUAACAAACACCAGCAUCAACAAAUACGGAGCUUCAUAUAAAAAAUAUAAAGAAGGGAUUGGCCAUGGCUGCAAAUGGACUUUCAGCAAAUUUCGUUCCUACCUUCGAAUUUAUGGGGUGGAUGACCUGCUCCUCUGGAAGAAGAUCAACAACAUUGUGAUGCUGACCCUGCUUGCUGUAACUCCCUUACCAGCAGCGUCCAAUUGCUUUGAGCUCUUUGGCUUCGACAUCCUGAUUGACAACAAAUUCAAGCCAUGGCUUUUAGAAGUCAACUACAACCCAGCCCUGUGUUUAGACUGUUCCAUUGACGCCACUGUGAAAAGAAAACUUCUUCAUGAUAUUGUUGAAUUGCUGAAUUACAAGCAAAUUGACGCUCUCAGGCAAAACCAAGUAGCUGGGACAAAAACUGGUAGAACUCGUGUGCCUUUGAGCACACCAGGCGAAAGUCCACCGGAGAAAGCCCCUGACUUUCUCUCUUGCCAAGGAGAGGCUGAAUAUGCUGCUGCUUCUUCAGUACCAUCUGCUUUGCAGGCUGCAAAAGGCUCAAUUCCUAAGGUCCCCCAGACUAAGAAAACUACCAGAGGACACCCAAAGAAAACACUGACUUCCCAACUACGGGAAAGGAUGAACAUGACAAAAACAUCCUCCCAAGCAAAAGCUGAAACAAGAAGUAAAUUCCCAGGAGCUGUCCAUUAUCCACAGCAAUUUGUCCCACCCAGUCGCUGGUUACCUACUCCUGAUUUCUGGAACUGCAAAUUAACAACACUCCCCUAUUUUCUCUCUGAAAAAGACCAGAGGCCUAUCCCCCGUGUUGGAGAUUUUGUCCUUAUUUUUCCUUUUAAUGAAGCUGCACUUCAAGCUUCCAGGGAUGGGACAGAUGUAAAGAGCAUCAUACAGGAAAUAAACAAGUUAGUCAACAAGCAGUUUCCAUCAAAACAGAUGAAGACAAAGAAAAGGCUAGACUAUUUAGCUUCCAUGUAA